GCUGAGGGGUAUUACAGCUGACGGCUGGAAAGUCCCAUCCAUGACUCAGACCUCCCUUAUGAGAAGCUGCUGUCAGGGUCCCACCUCCUCCUGCCACAGACUUCCCAAACAUCCUGUUAUCCUGAGGGUAGGAAUGUCUUAAAGGUGUAUGUCCGAUCACAAGAUGGCGUCCUCCCAGACUGAAGUGGAACGUGCCAUUGUGACCAUAGUGAAAUGCUUCUUUGACCACGCCGGAGAGGAGGGCAAGAAAGAGACUCUGAGUAUCAGUGAAUUUGUGAGCCUUUCUAGCAAGGAGCUCCCACACCUGAUGAAGGACGUCUCCUUAGAGGAGAAGAUGAAGGAGCUGGAUAUUAAUCAGGACAAUGAGCUGAAGUUUAACGAGUAUUGGCGGCUGAUGGGCGAGCUGAGCAAGCAGAUUAAGAAAGAGAUCAAACCAAAGAAAUAGAGACGUCACCGGGAUGAUGCCGCAGUCAUCCAGGGUGCAGUGCUCACAUCCAGUGCACAGUGCUGUCAUUUCUGUCCUAUGACAUUAAAGACUAACCUUAUUAUCCUAUA